CACACAAACCCAAAGCAGAGAGGUGAGAGGGAGAGGACCGAGGGAGAGAGGAGAGAGAGCGAUCGAGAGAUGAGGAGGGAGCUUGCCUCCCCCUUAGCUACUGCCGCCGCUGCCACGGCCGGUGCCUCCUCCUCGGCUGCCGCCUCGCUCCGGGGCUGGUGGGACGAUGUCAACGAGUCGCCCCAGUGGCAGGACGGGGCCUUCUUCUCCCUCGCCGCCGCCUACGCCCUCGUCUCCGCCGUCGCACUGAUUCAGCUCGUCAGGAUCCAGCGCCGGGUGCCCGAGUUCGGAUGGACCACGCAGAAAGUCUUCCACCUCAUGAACUUCCUUGUCAAUGGGGUCCGUGCUCUGGUGUUCGGCUUCCAUGUCCAUGUCUUCCUCCUUCGCACAAAAGUAUACAAGUUGGUGUUGCUAGAUCUCCCCGGCUUGUUGUUUUUCUCCACCUACACCUUGCUCGUGCUCUUCUGGGCAGAAAUAUACCAUCAGGCUAGGAGUCUCCCAACGGACAAGCUAAGGCCUGCAUACAUUGCCGUUAACGCCAUCAUAUACGUUGUUCAGCUUUGCAUAUGGAUAUACCUCGGAAUAAAUGAUAAUGCCGCGGUUGAGCUGGCCAGCAAAAUAUUCAUUGUAGCUGUCUCCUUUGUUGCGCUUCUUGGGUUUUCAGUAUAUGGUGGAAGGUUGUUUGUCUUGCUGAGACGUUUCCCUAUUGAAUCUAAGGGGCGGCAAAAGAAGCUGUAUGAGGUUGGGACCGUGACAGCAAUUUGUGUUACCUGCUUUCUGAUAAGAUGUGUUGUGGUCGCGCUAUCUGCAUUUGAUGCUGAUGUAUCUCUCGAGGUUUUGGACCAUCCAGUCCUGGAUUUCUUCUAUUAUAUGUUUGCGGAGAUACUCCCUUCUGCGCUGGUUCUCUUCGUCCUUCGGAAGCUUCCUCCCAAGCGGGUAUCGGCGCAAUACCACCCUAUUAACUAGGGAGUUCUUUGUUUUUAUGAUGUUACAUGCUAAGAACUCCGGAUAAGCUGGAACUGCUGAAAACCUACAUCCGGUUGUAUUGCUGUAAUAUUUUAUGGAAGCAUCCCAGGGUUGGCAAGAUGCAUCAUCACCAUCAUGCUCUAUGAGAAAAGAGUUUUGAGUGGUGCUAAUGAGUUUGUGCUACUGCUAGCCAGAGCAUCACAUGACAUCUCCAGCAGAGUACCAUACCAUUAUUUGAAUUGCAUGUGCAUUCUUGACGCGGACAAGGCCAAUGAUUUAUCGCCUUGUUGGUCCCAGUGACUUUUAUGGAGUACUUGUGUGGUAAUUGUUGGUAUUCCUGAGGACUAGAUCUGAAACUGAAAAUGCGUUAUAUCAGCUAUCGGUCGUCCUAAUAUCAAUUUUUGUUAGGCUUUUAUCUGUUUCAGCGUUCCAGAGUAGAGCCUUUAGCCUAAUGUUGUCAGGAUCUGUAAUUCGAGGAGCAGUGUUGGUAGGAUUAUUAUUGUAGUUUUGGUGCUGGAUUGUUCUGGUAAAUCGAUCGAUCUUCCAUGCUUU